ACAUAGAGAAGUUCAACAAGUGGCAGCUCCACUGAGCUCCACUGUCGAUAUCACGUUCGUAACUCAUAACUGCUGUAACAGCACAACAAACGCUUUUCCGUUUUCAACGUAAAUUUCGCUAAAUCCAACAUGCCUUCCUACAAACUGAUUUACUUCCCAGUCACAGCAUUGGGCGAGCCAAUCCGUUUCUUGUUCAACUAUGCUGAAAUCGAUUUUGUAGAUGAACGUUUCGAGAUAGAAGAUUGGCCAAAACUUAAGCCAACUAUGCCAUUUGGUAAAGUACCCGUGCUUGAAGUGGAUGGAAAGAAGAUUGAUCAGUCCGUAGCUAUCUGCCGUUACUUGGCGAAACAAUGUGGUCUUGCUGGCAAAGAUGAUUGGGAGGCUUUGCUAAUUGACGCGGCUGUUGAUACGAUACACGAUUUACGCGCCAAUAUCGCUGCUUUCUCCUAUGAAAAAAAUGAAGAGGCUAAAACAGAGAAACUUAAAGCUGCCAAGGAGACAGUGCCGUUUUAUUUGGAGCGUUUGGACGCUCAGGUGCAGGAGAACGGUGGUUAUUUUGUCGGCGGUGCUUUGUCGUGGGCCGAUUUCACUUUCGUUGGUCUUUUAGACUACAUGAACCAUAUGAUGAAAGAGAAUAUCAUUGAAAAAUAUGAAAAUCUGAAACAACUGCAAAAGACAGUCGAAGAAGUACCAGCCAUCAAGCGUUGGCUUGAAAAGCGUCCGCCGGGUAAUUUUUGACAGAGUUGAUGAUUGUUCAUUGAUGUUUUAUUCGAAUAAUAUAUACAUUUUUUUAUUUGUACGUAAUGUAUAUCUAUGUAAAAGAAAGGCAUACAUGUAUAUAAUAUAUUUAUAAACUGUGCAUUGAAGACUUCAUACUCUAAUUGUUACUCUUAUUGUUAUACGACAAAAAAUGGAUAUGUAAAAAAUAUAGUAAAAUUAUUUCUAAUUAAAUUAAAAAAACAUUUAUUUACUGUA